CUUCGCUCCCCAAGCGACCCUCCGCAUGACAGAUCCUGCCUGAUCCAACGUCGCUGUCUUUCGCCGUGUCGUCCCCUGGUUCCGUGCGGCCAUUGACCGGCAUCCGCCCUCCUCCCUUGCGCGACGACCCCCCCGUUCAUUGGCCCUCGCCCACCAGAGUGUAACGUUCUGCAGUGCUUGUCCGCCGCUUGGUGUCGCGCGACCGCCCGCCAGAGCGCCCAACAAUACUGUUGCUGAUCACUAAUUUGGGUGGCAGAACGUCCCAUCAUGCAAUCAUCGGGGCGGGAGAGUGUCCAUCAAUGGGACUUCAGCCCACGGGGUAGGAAGAAACAGCCAGGGGACCCCAGCAUUUGACUUGUUGAUAUAAAAAUGGCACACAACCCUGGGAGUCGCACCUCGUCGUGUCCCUUUGUCUCGGUCCUCUUUGAGCAGGAAACAUAUUCAAGCCUGGAACAUAUAACUUGACUUGUCCAGUGAUCGAUUCCACACCGUCGGAGGCUCCUCCCUUCACGCAGCUGGACGCAUUCUCCCACACCCAGGUACUAGUCAAAGCCCAACAGGCCACCCCUGAUAUGGCCGAAGAGAAGGUCGCAAGAGACCCCGUGGUCGAGAAGCCGGAAGAAACUCAGAACGAGUUCGAGACAUCUAGCCAAGUGCUUCCCGGCGACAAGACGGGCUCAGCAACGGCAUUGGGUGAUGACGCUCAGACCAAGGCGUUGACGCGGAAGCUUCUUUGGAAGCUUGAUACAAGAAUUCUUCCCGUUCUCGCCUUACUUUUCCUCUGCUCCUUCCUCGACCGCACCAACGUCGGAAAUGCAAAGAUUCUGGGUCUCGAAAAGGAUGCAGGCCUGAGCAACAGUCAAUACGCAAAUGGUCUUGCUAUCUUCUUCGCCUUUUACAUCGCUGCCGAAUUGCCCAGUAAUCUAGUUCUCAAGAAGUUUAGCCCGCGGCUCUGGCUGGCCUUUCUCACCGCUGCGUGGGGUAUCAUUGGGAUGUGUCUGGGUUUUAUUCGCAAUUAUGGUGGAUUCCUGGCUGUCCGAGCGUUUCUGGGUCUCGCCGAAGGAGGAUUAUUGCCAGGCAUGGUGCUUUACCUAUCAGGGAUGUAUACCAGAGGCGAGCUGGCCCUGCGCAUAGGACUGUUCUACACGAGCGCAUCUCUUGCCGGAGCCUUUGGUGGUCUUUUGGCACGUGGUCUUUCAGCCAUCGGUCCUACCGGCAGCGUCGUGGAUGCUGGGUGGCGAUGGAUCAUGAUUAUCGAAGGUCUUUUGACCUUUGCUGCUGGAGUGGCUUCAUACUUCCUCCUGCCCAACAGCGUGUCAACAGCCUGGUUCCUGAAGCCUGAGGAGCGCGAGCUCGGUAAGAGGAGGCUACGGAACGAUACCUCCGCGCACUUGCCCGACGGCCAGCAUUCUGAAGGAGUGGAGAAGUUCCGAUGGUCAGAAGUCCAGCGAGGAGUGCUCAAUGUCCAACUAUGGCUGACUGCGACGGCGUAUUUCUCAAUCCUUUCUGGCCUGUACUCAUUUGGUUUGUUCCUGCCCACCAUCAUCAAAGGCCUGGGAUACACGGCGAACGAAGCUCAGCUGUGGUCCGUCAUCCCUUAUGCUGUUGCGGCUGUCAUCACCGUGGUUGUGGCCUUCGCUUCGGAUCGACUGAAACUUCGAGGUAUUGCGAUGCUUGUCAGCUUGCCGCUGGCUAUUAUCGGAUACGCAGUCAUAGCCAAUGUCAGCGAGCACGACAACCACACAAAGUACGGCAUGACAUUCUUGAUGGCCACAGGAUUAUAUGCAAGUGUUCCACCUGUUCUGGUGUGGAACUCGAACAAUUCUGCCGGACACUACAAGCGUGCCACGACAAGCGGUCUUCAGCUGGCGAUAGCCAACGCGGGCGGAUUCGUCAGUGCUUUCAUUUAUCCCUCCACCGAAGCUCCUCAGUACCACAAAUCGCACACCAUCAUUUUGGGACUGCUGGUCUAUGCAUGGUUUGCGAUAUUGUGCAACGUGCUAUAUUGCGCGAAGAUUAAUCGCGACAAGGCCAAUGGCAAGUACGACAAGUAUAUCGGAUACGGCGACGACCGGGAUCCGGAAUUCAGGAUGGUGUUGUAAUGUUCUAGAGAAUGACUUGAUGUGUCGAUGAGCCCAGAUCAGCGAAGGAUUGUUCGAUGUCAAGGUUGUGUGGCUGAAAGCCGGUCAAUGCACGUUCUUCUUUGCGGGGUGCAAAGUACGGAAGAAGCCCUCUGACCCCCAGACGCGGGGUAGGGAUGAUUGAAUCAACUGUACGGAGUAUAGACCAGACUGCUCUCAACGUUGGCUCUUGAACAACGAUAGAUAGCAAAGUCGUAAUCGACCAAAUUGGCUGUCUUUCUUUGAUCGUUUGCCCCAGUCACGACAUACGACACCGCAUACGUACC